AUGGAUCUAAUUAUCUGUGUUUUGGGACUGCUGGCGCUGAUAGUGGAGGGCAUCCGUUGCCAAGGAGUGUACGCACCUCCAAGUGUCCGCAUUAUACACUCGGGGCACGCUUGUAAUGUUGAGGAGGAGAGGCACACGGAGCGAGUCUACACCAUCAGAGAGGGAGAGACGCUGGAGCUCACCUGCCUGGUGACGGGGCAUCCUCGGCCACAGAUCCGAUGGACCAAGACAGCCGGCAGCGUGUCAGACCGUUUCCAGGACUCCAGCGUGUUCAAUGAGACAUUGCACAUCUCAAAGAUUCUGAGGACCCAGGGAGGUCGCUACUACUGCAAGGCUGAGAAUGGCCUUGGCUCCCCGGCCAUCAAGUCCAUCAGAGUGGACGUCUACUACCUUGAUGAUCCGGUGGUGACGGUACACCAGAGUAUAGGAGAAGCUAAGGAACAGUUCUACUACGAGAGAACUGUGUUUCUGCGCUGUGUGGCCAAUUCCAACCCGCCGGUGCGUUACAGCUGGCAUCGUGGGAGAGAGGUCCUGACACAGGGAUCGGACAAGGGUGUUGAGAUCUACGAGCCCUUUUUCACACAGCUGCAGGGGGAAACGAAGAUUUUGAAGCUGAAGAAUCUGCGUCCUCAAGACUACGCCAACUACAGCUGCAUUGCCUCUGUAAGAAAUGUGUGUGGGAUUCCUGACCGCAGUGUUAUCUUCAAACUCACCAAUAAGACAGCCUCCCCAUCAAUCAAGCUGCUGGUAGAGGAUCCAAUCGUGGUGAAUCCUGGCCAGACGGUGUCCUUGGUGUGCAUCACCACAGGUGGGGAGCCGCCCCCCAUUCUCACAUGGGUCAGCAGUAAUGACAGCCUGCCACAGAGGAGCGUGGUGAAGGGGGGCACGCUUACACUGCCAGCCAUCACUUCAGAUGAGGCAGGAGUCUACAGCUGCGUAGCCAGCAACAAUGUGGGAAACCCCGCCAAGAAGUCCACCACUAUCGUUGUGCGAGCUUUGAAAAAGGGCCGAUUCUGGAUCACUCCUGACCCCUACCACAAUGACGACAACAUCCAGAUUGGACGUGAAGUCAAAAUAUCUUGUCAGGUGGAGGCGACACCACCAGAGGAGCUGACGUUUAGCUGGCUGAAGAAUGGCCGUGCCCUGCGGAGCUCAGAGCGUAUGGUCAUCACCCAGACGGACCCCGACAUCUCCCCUGGUACCACCAACCUUGACAUCAUAGACCUCAAGUUCACUGAUUUCGGCACUUACACCUGCGUGGCUGCGCUAAAGGGAGGAGGCAUUCCUGAGAUCAGCAUUGACGUCAACAUCUCUUCCACAACUGUCCCUCCUCUGUUUUUCUCUUUCUUAGUUCCCCCCAACCUGACAGUCCCCCGGGGCAAAUCCCCCCUGGUGGCCCGCGAGGGUGACACAGUGGAGCUGGAGUGCCUUGUUUCAGGGAAGCCUAAACCCAUCAUCCUGUGGUCGCGAGCAGAUAAGGAGGCACCCAUGCCAGACGGCAGCAUGCAGAUGGAGAGCUACGAUGGUGUGCUGCGUAUAGUUAAUGUGUCCAGAGAGAUGACAGGCUCGUAUCGCUGCCAGACAAGUCAGUAUAACGGGUUCAACGUAAAGCCCCGAGAGGCCGAGGUGGAACUAAUCGUACAAUACCCACCGACAGUGGAGCCGGUUUACAUGGAGAUGCGUCAGGGACUGGGGAGGCCUGUGGUGAUGACCUGCAGAGUGCUGCGAGCACAUCCUUCCCGCGUGCUCCGCUUCGAGUGGCUUCUAUCAAACCGGCUGCUUCACGCCGGAGCCUUCGACGCCCAAAGAGACGAGACGGAGUACACCAUCCGCAGCCUGAAUCGAGACGGGUGGGGGGAGUACACCUGUAAUGUCAUCAAUGAGGCGGGGGCAGGCAAAUGCACCUUCCAGGUUACAGGCAAGGCCUACCCUCCAGAGUUCUACUAUGAUACCUACAGCCCUCUGUGGCAGAACAGGCCCAGAGUCUAUGGCUUCAAGCUCCAGUGGACCCAGAUGAACCCCAAUGCUGUGGACCGUAUUGUUGCCUACAGACUUGGCAUUAGACAGAUGGGCUUGCAGCGCUGGUGGGAACAGGAGAUCCCUGUAGACGGAACAAUCAACAAAGGAGAACUCAUGACGCACAACCUGACUGAGCUCAUAAAGCCUGAAUCCUACGAGGUGCGCCUCACCCCCAUCACACGUUUUGGAGAGGGUGACUCCACCAUCCGGAUUGUCACUUACAGUGCUCCCAUCAACCCUCACCUGAGAGAGUUCCACUGCAGCUUUGAGGAGGAGCCCAUCUGCAUGUUCACCCAGGACAAGAACGAUGAUUUCGAUUGGACGCGGCACAGUGCUGCUACCCGUGACACCAAGUAUACACCAAACACCGGGCCCAGUGGUGACCGCAGUGGUUCCAAGCAGGGUUUCUACAUGUACAUUGAGACAUCAAGACCACGGAAGGAAGGGGACCAGGCACGGCUUGUAAGUCCGUUUUUCAACGUAGCACCUAAAAACCCGUACGGUAUCACCAACCCACCUGCCUACUGCUUUGGCUUCUUCUACCACAUGUAUGGAAAACACAUAGGGACUCUAAAUGCCUUCCUAAAGCAGAAGGGCCAGACGACCUCCGAGGGUCUUGUAUGGUCGCUAAGUGGUAACCAAGGUGACCGCUGGAAGCAGGCCAAAGUAUGCAUCCACCCAACAGCAUCCUUCCAGGUGGUACUCGAAGGUAUCCGGGGACCAGGCAUCGAGGGAGACAUCGCCAUUGAUGACGUCACGCUGGAGGAAGGGGAGUGUCGAGACCCACCACCCAAUCUCAGCUCCAAGGUUCCUUCCACAUCCUCCCAUAUAUGGCUGCUAUGCGUCACCUUGGUGAUGACCCUCCUGGAAGGUCAGAGGUGA